AUGAAAGGAAGCAAAUCAAGCGGUGCUACGAGGAAAGCCGAUACCAAGUUGGCUGUAAAGAAGACUGCAGCCAAGGGGAAAGCAGCUAAGGAUCCCAAUAAACCCAAGAGACCCGCUAGCGCCUUCUUUGUGUUCAUGGAGGACUUUAGAAAGCAGUUCAAAGAAGAUCACCCUGACAACAAAUCUGUUGCUGCUGUAAGUGAUCUUCCUUUUUGCCUUUUGUCAUCGAAACUUCUUAAGCUUUGUUUCAAGUAUUCUGUUGGUAAAGCUGGUGGGGCAAAAUGGAAGUUAAAACUAUACUAG